AUGGAUCCCGCUAAAAAUCUGAUAUACACGCGUCGAAAGGCGAGACAAGAACAACUCGCUCAAAGUGAUGCGAUGCCUGAGGAAAGUACUGUUAAAUUUCCAUCAGCCAGAUGGUCUACAAGUUUGCAACGAAUGCCAUUAUUCACAAGGGCAGAGAUGGAUUUACAUAUUUCUAAAUCUGGAAAAAACUUUGACAGAAAUAAACAGAACCAUGCUGUUCCAACAAGCAUGAAAAAGGCAAAAACAUUUCUUGAUGAUGAAUACCUGAAAGACUUAACUUGCGCAAGUGAUGACCAAUAUUUCUAUUUCAAAUGCUUGUGUUAUCAUAGCUUUAAAAAAAAUGAGCCACCCCACAAAUUAUAAGUUGCACUUUGUUUAGUGAGUGGAGGUGUUAAUAUGCUUCGUGUACAUGUGUAGCAGGAUCUGUUGGUUUUUGCAAUCAUGUGCUUGCUGUUAUGAUGAAACUCUGUAAGUUCAGCUUGUAUUGUUGUCAAGAUAUUAAGGACUUGGAAAAUGAAUCUGAUAUGACACAAGCUAAGGCAUGCACUUCAAGUUUACAACUAUGGCACAGGCCUGUAAGAGGAGAUAAAAUCAAGCCCCAACCUGUCAUGGAACUUGAGGUAAAAAAGUCGAAUAUAGACAUGUAUGAAGCUAGGAAAAAUUUGGGUACACAAGCAUCUGAUGAAGCUUUGUUAAAAAACAAGCUUCAAGAGAUCAACCCUAAGUUUGCCUUGUCUCAAAUUAUGUUUACUGGUGGUACCAACUUACAGGAAACAAAAUUUGGAAAAUGUCCAAGUGGCUCAUAUGCAAGUUACCAGUUACAGUUCACAGAGUCUAAUUUUCAAGUUUUCUGUAAUAUUGACUCAGUGCCUAGAGUGGACUGUAAUGAUGAACAAAAUGGUAUUUCCGUAUAUCCUCCAUUCCCUUUGCAACAAUCUGAGCAGUAUGAAAAGCCAGAUGAUUUAAGCAGCAACCAGGAAGCACUCCUGGAUCAUUUGAUUGUUGAUGAGGCAAAGCUUAAUACCAUAGAGAAGAAAACAAGUGAACAAGCAGCCUCACAGGAAUGGCAGGCUGAAAGGAAAUUUCGGUAUACAGCAUCUAAUUUCCACACAAUUGUAAAAAGGCAAAGGAAUCAUAACACUCUAGUAAAUAAUCUGCUUCAUCCCAAACCAUUCACUUCCAAACAAACUGCACAUGCGAAAACCUAUGAGCCUGUAGCCUUAAGAGAAUAUGAAAAAUAUAUGUUUUCAACAAGGAACCCAGUUUCAGUGUUCAAAAGUGGCCUUGUU